UGUGGGAAAAGGUGGAAUGAAUGGUUCGUUGUUGAUUCCUUGUUUCAACGCUUACCGCGUAAGCAAGCAGCUGCACGAUCAAAAGCAUCCACCCCAAAUCCCAGAAGCAGAAGACGCAUCUCAGACGAUAGGAUCGGAGUCUAUUAGGCGCUGUUUUCGUAUUACAGAUUUUCGAUUCGAUCUUUGUUAAGGUUGUUCAUUCGAGCGCCAUGAGUUUCAUCUUCGGAAAGAGAAAAACACCCGCAGAGCUUCUGCGGGAAAAUAAGAGAAUGUUGGAUAAAUCAAUUAGAGAAAUUGAGCGAGAGAGGCAAGGUUUACAAACACAGGAGAAGAAAUUGAUAUUGGAGAUAAAGAAAAGUGCCAAACAAGGCCAGAUGGGAGCUGUUAGAGUUAUGGCAAAAGAUCUUGUUAGAACAAGGCAUCAGAUUGACAAGUUUUAUAAGCUAAAAUCGCAGCUUCAAGGUGUAUCACUCAGAAUUCAGACUUUGAAAUCAACACAAGCAAUGGGUGAGGCUAUGAAAGGGGUGACAAAGGCCAUGGGGCAAAUGAAUAGGCAGAUGAACUUGCCAUCUUUGCAGAAAAUCAUGCAAGAAUUUGAGAGACAGAAUGAGAAGAUGGAAUUGAUGAGUGAGGUGAUGGGAGAUGCAAUAGAUGAUGCUUUGGAAGGGGAUGAAGAAGAAGAAGAAACAGAAGAAUUAGUGAACCAGGUUCUUGAUGAGAUUGGAAUUGACAUAAACCAAGAGCUUUUGAAUGCACCAUCAUCAGCAGUCGCUGCCCCAGCUGCUAAGACUAAGGUACCUCAAGUUGAAACUACUGGGAAUGAUGAUAGUGGUAUAGAUAGUGAUUUACAGGCAAGGUUAGACAAUUUAAGAAAAAUGUAAUACUUCCUUUAUGAUAUAGGGACCCAUUUUUACUCGGGAAAAAUGAUUCUCAUAUGUACCAUAUAAUAUAACUGCAAGUUGUGCCAGGAUUUGAUGAACUCAUGAUUUUAAAAACAUGUUUU